AAAUACACCACUGCGUGGAGGAAAAAUUCUGAAUAUCAUUUCCAUUCAAUUUGACAAAUUGAAAGUCAACAAAUAUAUCAAUCAUCUUGAAGUUCUUGAUAUUGAUAUCUAAUCGAAAGAUAUGGCUGACAACUUCGCGGAAACAUUCGAGUGUUUUAGUGUAUAAAAAAAAGGCCUGUGCGUCAGUCCUUAAAAAAUAGUUUAAAAUUUAACCACAAUUUUUUUUUUUGGUAACAUAAUUUCCCAAUCGGAUUGUAAAACUACAUACGUGAACUUUACCUUUGCCAUAAACCCUUAUCGAAGCGCCUUGAACGAAAAGUCAUCGAUAGAGCAAUAAAGCGAGUUUAUGCUAUAAACCAAAUCAGAACCCAAAAACAAUUACUUGGCCAAAUCAGGCAGCAACUUCAUUAUGAAAUGCAAUGAAAAGGCAACGUUGAAGAACAGUGAAAACAACAAAUAAAGAAGCAGAAAAGUGUGCUGAUAACUGCAAACGAAAUGUCAAUAAAUUAAUAUAAAUGAGUGACUCGUGACUGGCGGCUCCGUCGAAUCACUUCGGCCUUUCUCUCAUCGUUAUUGUUGAUGUAGCUGUUGCCAUUACUUUUGCCAGUGUUUUCAGCUUGUACUUCGUUUUUUUUUUUCAUUUUGCCAAAGCAAAUCAUGGCAACAGAGAAAGCAAAACACAAAUGGCCAUAAAAACAAGCGGACGGGCAGCUCUUUAUUUUCCAAUGUGAAAUGCACAUCGGUGUUUCGUUGUCGUUAUCGAACAAAUCGUAUAAGGAAAUACAAUACAAUUCUUUGCUGAUAAAACACUUGGCCAUGUACGAGUAUGUGGGCUUGUGAUUUUUGAGGCCAGUAAAUUUGUUAAUACUCGAAGCAAUGGGGCUCUGAUAAUUCCACCGGAAUUGUCGUAAUGCACCCCCAGUAUUGUUUCGCCUUUCGUUGAAGGCAUUUGCUUUAGAGCUUUCGGCCAAACAAUGAAAUCCCCCGCAUAAAUAGAAAACAAUUAGGCAUUUCUGAGGCGAUAAGAGCCACAAAAUGAUAAAAGCCAGCAAGCAUACUGACUCAUCGCAAUGACCAAGUGGCGGAUAGAAACAAAAACCGGAGAAAUUGGUAGCACAAUUCGCUCCGAGCGGUAAUUAAAGCAGCCAACUUGACGAUGCGCAUAAUUUUUGAACUUUGAAACUUUUGUUCCACAAACAAAUUUAUCAGAUGCAAAGCAAAUGCUGCUGCUCCCGCUUUCUGGGACAGUUGAUAAACCGAUGUGGUCAACCCAGAAUUUAGUGGAGCCCUCCGAAAUCCUUUGUUUUUGAUGGCCAACUGAAAGCUGAUGGCUUGCUGAAUAUCUGGCCCGUUGCCUUUUGAGUGCGUACUUCUAGUUUUGCUGUUAAAGCUCCUAAGAUACUGACUUUAGUGGUUUUCUUUGCACACUAAAAACUUUGGACUUUACAAAACCGUUAGGCAAUCAAUAUUAAACAAAAUUAUACAAUACAAACAACAACAAAUUUAAUAAUAUGUUUCAGUUUCCUUGCGCAUCAUAUAAUUUAAACAACUUAUCCAAAUCGAAAUCAAAAAUGAUAAAUACAUUUUUAAAUUCAUCAAGUGCAUUAAAUCGUUAUCUUAAAGUGUCAAAAAGAAAACCUUUGGCUUAAAAAAACUAAACCAAUGCGAUAAGAUAUUCCUGAAUAACUAAGAUACCGAUAAACAACUAAAUAGUCAACAACUAAUCAGUUUAAAGCCAAUAAGUGUGUCGUGUGCGAAGUAAAUCGAAUUGGCGCCCAAUCGAAAUUGAAGCAUACAUAAUCCGCGACAAUUGCAACCGAACAGCACGAAUUUAUAGCCGCAAUUAAAUCCUUGACCAUAAAUCAGAGAAUAUGGCCGGGGUAAUCAAAAUGUUUAACCCACGAGCGAACAAAGCAAACGAUUUGAGAUAAAAAGUGUGCGAAAACAGCGAGCAACCCAUAAAAGAGUGACCGAAGUCGCAAAAAAUCACAGCCGGAUAACAGUUACAUUAGCGGGAGUAAACAGCAUUAUGGCCUGCUUCCCCCGACUCUUCCACCACCGCAGCAAAAACAAAUUCACCCCCGCCGAAGAUGAGAACACCGAUACGAUACUCAACACACAAGAUAGUCCCGUGCAAAUCGGACUGUACAUCCGUCGGGAGGAGAAGCCACUGUACUCGCCCAUCGUGACUCCAAGUGCCAGUGAGGCCAAACUUCAACGGCUGAGGAUAGCGCAGCAUCAGUCGUCACCCGGCUCCCCUCCACUGCAGCCGGUUGUCGAGAAUGGCAGGGCGAACGCAAACAAUGGCGGGCAGGAGCGCAAGUUUCGCUCCAACAAGGACAAGCUGCAGGAGUCGUCCCUUUCAGGCGGCAGUGCAAUUAAUGUCGCACGCUCAAGUUCAAAAUUAAAACCAGUCAAAGAGCGACGGCCCACCGCUCUGCCCACCGAGGUGCCCAGCAUCGAGAUUCAGGAUGUCAAGGAUGCAGAGGAGGAGGAGGAGAAUUCGCAGAAGGGGGAGAAGGACUUGUGGGUGGGGGAGCCGGGUGGUGCUAAUGCACAUGCCGAUGUCCUCGAUGGCGGCAAGUCAAAACUCAAAGUGAAUGUGAAUGGCAUAAUUGAUGAGGGCGUUGCCGAUGAGGAUGUUGCCACGCCCUCUACCACCGCCUCCGCCUCCAUUUCCACAACACCUGUGAGCGAAGGUCCUGUAAAGUUUUUCAUUGGUCACACGCAGGAACUAAGCGCCCAGCAAGCGGACGACACCUUGUCCUGCCAGAGCAGCGAUGCCAACAACAACAACAAUAACAACAACAGUAACAGCAGUAACAACAGUAACAGCAAGCUGACAAAUGGUACCCUGCCGCAGGAGCAAAAGGAUCCAAGGGCCAAACUACUGCUGGCUCCGCCCCUUCGCGCCAAGAGCUCCAGCAAUGUGUCACUCAAUUAUCUGGCCAAGAGCCAUCCGGACGACCAUCGGCGGCGACGUGUGUCCACGAUGCCCGAUAUUAACAUACCGCCGGCACCGCCGCUGCCGCCCGAACUCCUCGUCCCCGGAACGCCGCUCCACUUGCGCAAGAAGCGGAGCGUGGAGCGUCCGCAGGAGCAGCAGGAGCAGCAGGACAACCAGGCGAAACAGCAGGAGCAGGGGAAACAGCAGGACCAGCAGGAGCAGCAGGAGCAGCAGGAUGCUUCGAACAGCCAAGAUCAAAUAGCAAAGCCGGAGGAAAGUAGCGAUAGCCAGAAAUCCAACGAUUCCUCGACACCGAAAACCCAUCGCGUGGAAGGUGGCCUCAUCUUCGCCCGUCCCAAUUUGCCCAUUCAGGGCGACAUUGAAAUCGAAUUUAUUGCCAAGGACGAAGCCACACGCAAUCUCAUACGAACGGCCAUUGAGCGCAAUGAUUUCCUCAAUAAUCUAAUGGACAAGGAGCGCAAGGAGAUGGUUAUCAAUGCAAUGGCCCCGGCCAGCUACAAGAAACACAGCCUCAUCAUCCACGAGCACGAGGAGGGUUCCGAGAUCUACGUCUCCGCCGAGGGCCACUACGAUGUCAUCCGCGCCGGCCAGUUGGUGGCCAACUUCGGACCGGCCACCGUCUUCGGCGAACUGGCCAUCCUCUACAAUGCUCCGCGCCAGGCAACGAUACAGGCUGCCACGGAUGCCCGCGUUUGGAAAAUCGCUCGCGAAACCUUCAGGGCCAUCAUGCAAAUCUCUGGCUCCCGAGAACGCGAGGAGAACCUUCAGUUCCUGCGGUCAGCACCAUUUUUACAGGAACUCGACCAAAGUCUGCUAUACAAAGUCGUGGAUUUACUGCAAAGGAAAUUCUACGAGACCGACAGCUGUAUUGUGCGAGAAGGCGAGGUGGGCAACGAGUUCUAUAUCAUCCGGUGCGGAACGGUGACCAUAAAGAAGCAGGACGAGCAGAAGCAGGAGCAGAUUGUGGCCAAGAGGAAGCGGGGCGACUACUUCGGGGAGCAGGCCCUAUUGAACGCGGAUGUCCGACAGGCCAGUGUUUAUGCCGACGCCCCGGGAACCGAGGUCCUCAUGCUCGACAGAGAAGCUUUCAUAAGCUAUUUGGGAACCAUCAAGCAGCUGCGGGAGAAGCCCAGCAGUCAGCGCGGCGAUUCGAGUGGUCGAUCGAGUAACAAAUCCCUGGAAUUCGACAACGAAUACUCCCAAGUGGCCAUUUCGGAGCUGAAGAAGAUAGCCACUCUGGGAUGUGGAGCCUUUGGACGCGUGGAUCUGGUGGCCCUGGGGCAACAGGCUUUGGCUCUAAAGAUCAUCAAGAAAAUCGAGGUGGUGAAACAAGAUCAAAUCGAGCACGUUUACAACGAGAAGAACGUAAUGAUUAAGUGCCGCAAUUCGCCCUUCAUAGUUCAACUCUAUCGCACGUACCGCAAUGACAAAUACGUUUACUUCCUAAUGGAGGCGUGCAUGGGCGGUGAUGUAUGGACGGUGAUGUCAAAGCGCCAGUACUUCGAUGAGAAGACCGCCAAAUUUAUAGCGGGCUGUGUCGUCGAAGCCUUCGACUACUUGCACUCGCACAACUUCAUCUACAGAGACUUGAAGCCCGAGAACCUGAUGCUGGGCACAGAUGGCUAUUGCAAAUUGGUUGACUUUGGUUUUGCGAAAUUCGUGCGUCACAACGAGAAGACCAACACGUUUGCCGGAACCCCUGAGUAUGUGGCCCCCGAAAUUAUCCUGGAUCGAGGACACGAUCGAGCCGUCGACUACUGGGCACUGGGCAUCCUCGUCUACGAACUCCUGGUUGGCAAGACGCCCUUCAGGGGCGUUAAUCAGAUCAAGAUCUACCAGCAAAUCCUGAGUGGCAUCGACGUCAUCCACAUGCCAUCGAGGAUACCCAAGUCGGCACAGCACUUGGUGCGGCAUCUUUGCAAGCAACUUCCGGCGGAAAGGCUGGGAUAUCAGCGCAAAGGAAUCGCCGACAUCAAACGACACAGUUGGUUCGAAAGUCUAGAUUGGCAGCGACUGAAACUUAAGCAAUUGCCAUCGCCAAUCAAAAGACCUUUGAAGAGUUGGACGGACUUGCAAUACUUCGGUCCGUCCGGUGUGGAAAACGACUACGAACCACCGGAGGAAUUGAGCGGUUGGGACAAGGACUUUUAAAGACUCUUAAAGCUGAUGAAGUAACCAAACAGUAGCUGUAAAUACUGACUUUAAUUUUCGGAUAUUAGUUAGUAGUUGAAAAAGUGUUGUAUUUAUAUUUUGGGAGUGUCCCAUUUAGCAGCCAUAACAACCUCGUAUUAAUUACUAGCUUUAAAAAUCUGAAUAGGUUUUAACCUAUUUGCUAUACUUAAUGUAAAAAGUUUUUUAGUUAUAAAAUACAUUUAAAGUAGACACUGUACACUAAACAUGAACAAUUAUAUCAAUUCGUUUACAUGAAGUCCUUGAGAAUAAAUUUUACGCUAAUUGAAAGGUA